AUGUCUGAAGAGGAGCAGUCUGCCAUUGUCUGUGACAACGGCUCCGGUAUGGUGAAGGCCGGUUUCUCUGGCGACGAUGCACCACGCCACGUGUUCCCCUCCAUCGUUGGCCGCCCAAAGAACGAGCAGGCCAUGAUGGGAAGCGCCAACAAGAAGCUCUUUGUUGGUGACGAGGCCCAGGCCAAGCGUGGUGUUCUUGCACUCAAGUACCCUAUCGAGCACGGCAUUGUUACCAAUUGGGAUGACAUGGAAAAGAUCUGGCAUCAUACCUUCUACAACGAGCUGCGCGUUAACCCAGAGUCACACAAUGUGCUGCUGACAGAAGCGCCCAUGAACCCCAAGCAAAACCGUGAGAAGAUGACACAGAUCAUGUUCGAGACAUUCAGUGUUCCUGCCAUGUACGUUGGCAUUCAGGCGGUGCUGUCACUGUACUCCUCCGGCCGUACCACUGGUAUCGUUCUUGACGCUGGCGAUGGUGUGACUCACACCGUGCCCAUCUACGAGGGCUACUCCCUCCCACAUGCCAUUCGCCGUGUGGAUAUGGCCGGCCGUGAUCUCACGGAGUACCUCAUGAAGCUCCUGAUGGAGAGCGGCAUGACGUUUACCACGUCCGCUGAGAAGGAGAUUGUGCGAAGUGUGAAGGAACAAUUGUGCUACGUCGCCUUGGAUUUCGAUGAGGAAAUGACGAAUAGCGCCAAGUCUGUCAGUGAGGAGCCAUUUGAGCUACCAGACGGCACGAUAAUGCAGGUGGGCAACCAGCGCUUCCGUUGCCCGGAGGCGCUCUUCAAGCCCAUGCUGAUCGGGCUGGACGAGGCUCCUGGGUUCCACGAGAUGGCCUUCCAGUCCAUCAACAAGUGCGAUAUUGAUGUGCGUCGCGAUCUCUACGGGAACAUUGUGCUUUCUGGUGGCUCGACCAUGUUCAAGAAUCUCCCAGAACGUCUUGGCAAGGAGAUGAGCAAUCUUGCACCGUCCUCUAUUAAGCCCAAGGUUGUUGCUCCGCCGGAGCGCAAGUACAGCGUGUGGAUCGGCGGCUCCAUCCUUUCGUCCCUCACGACCUUCCAGACAAUGUGGAUAAAGAAGAGUGAGUACGACGAGGCGGGCCCGAGUAUUGUGCACAACAAGUGCUUCUAA